AACACGUUGCAGAGUCAACAGCAUGUCGACCCGCCCCCUCUCCUCUCUCGCGCAGGCGCAGUCGAGCUCUCUCCUGUCGCGGCACGGCGCCUGCUCCUUCCUUCCAUGAUAAAAGAAGAGAAAGGAAAGCCGGCCCCCGUUCCCUGCCUGCUCAGACACAAGAGCAAGCGAGCAAGCAGACAUGAGAGGCGCCCGCCUCGCCCCGUGCCUGCCCUUGCUCCUGCUCGCCGCGUGCUGGGCCGGACGCGCCGACGGGCACGGCGUGCACCCGCUCUCGCGGAUCGCCAUCCACCGCGCCCGCGUCGCCCUGGACGCCUCCGCCGCCGUGCGGGCGUCGCCCAAGCUCCUCGGCUCGCGGGGCGAAGAUACGGCUUGGGUGACCGUAGAAUUCAAAAUACCACGUGCAAGCGACGGCGACUGGAUCGGGGUAUUCUCCCCUUCCAAUUUCAACGCGUCCACGUGCCCUGGUUCCCACGGGUCAGGCCCUGGCCCUGCGAUCUGCUCGGCGCCAAUAAAGUAUCAGUUUGCAAACUACUCGUCAGUAUAUAACAGGUCAGGGACAGGGGCUCUCAAGUUCCAGCUGAUCAACCAACGGCAGGAUUUCUCCUUCGGAUUCUUCACCGGUGGACUCUCCAAUGUGAGUUACUCCUACCAACACAUCACAUCCUGCUAUGCUAUCCACUCUCCCUCAUUCAUAAGAACACACCGACUUCAUCUAAUCCAUCUGCAGCCAGCGCUCGUCGCGGUGUCGAACAGGAUCGUCUUCGCGAACCCGAAAGCCCCAGUUUACCCACGUCUAGCGCUCGGGAAAACAUGGAACGAGAUGACUGUCACAUGGACAAGCGGCUAUGGCAUCAGUGAGGCACACCCCUUCGUUGAAUGGGGCAUGAAAGGGAGCCAUCCCGUGCACGCACCAGCUGACACUGUCACCUUUGGUCGUGAGAGCCUCUGCGGAGAACCUGCUCGUAGUGUUGGUUGGAGGGAUCCAGGUUUCAUACACACGGCUUUCCUCAAGAAUCUAUCGCCAGAAAAAGAAUACUACUACAAAAUUGGACAUACGCUCCAUGAUGGAAAAGUUGUAUGGGGCAAGCCUAAAUCUUUCAGAGCACCUCCUUACCCCGGGCAAAAAUCACUGCAGAGGGUUGUUAUUUUUGGCGACAUGGGAAAGGACGAGAGGGACGGAAGCAACGAGUACCAGAAUUACCAGCCUGCAUCACUCAACACCACCGACGCGCUCAUCAGGGACCUCGACAACACCGACAUCGUGUUCCACAUCGGCGACAUCUCCUACGCCAACGGGUAUCUGUCGCAGUGGGAUCAGUUCACGCAGCAGGUCGAGCCAAUCACCUCUCGAGUACCCUACAUGAUCGCAAGCGGGAACCACGAGCGAGAUUUCCCCAACAGCGGGUCGCUGUACAACGGCACGGACUCCGGCGGCGAGUGCGGGGUGCCGGCCGAGACCAUGUACUACGCGCCGACGGAGAAGAGGGACAACUUCUGGUACUCCAUGGACUACGGAAUGUUCCGGUUCUGCGUGGCGGACAGCGAGCACGACUGGCGGGAGGGCACGGAGCAGUACAGGUUCCUGGACCGCUGCCUGGGCACGGUGGACCGGGCGAAGCAGCCGUGGCUGGUCUUCAUCGCGCACCGCGUCCUCGGCUACUCCUCGGGCUUCUUCUACGGCUUCGACGGGGCGUUCGCGGAGCCCAUGGCGCGGCAGAGCCUGGAGGGGCUGUGGCGGCGCCACCGGGUGGACGUCGCCUUCUAUGGCCACGUCCACCAGUACGAGCGGACGUGCCCCGUCUACGAGGAGAGGUGCGUGCCGGACGGGCACGGGCAAGGCACCGUCCACGUCGUCGUCGGGGGCGGCGGCAGCCACCUGAGCAGCUUCACCGCCGUGGCCCCGCCCUGGAGCGUGUACCGGGAGAUGGACUACGGUUUCGGCAAGCUCACGGCGUCCGACGCCAGGUCGCUCCAGUUCGAGUACCGGCGGUCCAGCGACGGCAAGGUGUACGACAGCUUCACCCUGCACAGGGACUGAGUAGCUGUACCCUCUGGCCUCUCACCACAUGAUGCAGAGGAAAUCGGCUGUACACAUGAACUGAGAUGAACACGUCCGUGCAUAAAUUCUCCUAAUUCUACUCUAAAUAAAGGGAAACGAAAUCCUCUACAAGUUUAGCCAUGUACACAAGAUACCAAGUGAUGUGCAAACUACUUUUUUUUACGGGGAAACUUCCGAUCUACUCAUUCCCUGUCAAGGUAGUAGAAAGAACAUCAGAAGAUGUAUAUGAUGAAGAUGUGCAUUUUUUUCGAUAAAGAUGAUGAAGAUGUA